AUGAACACUUCCAAUCAGCAAUAUUACGGCGGCGGCAACGCCUACCAGAACCGCUCCGACCUUCUCUCUGGUCUGCGCACCGAGGGUCUCGGUCUCGGUUCCAUCUUUCCGUCUCAGUCCAAUCCGCAGCAGUCGGGUCCUCGCAACGGUGCGACUUCUGCCUACCAGCAUGCUCAGCAACCACAGACCACUUCAUACCGAGCUCAAGACUCCCUUCGAGACAUUAGUGCGCUGCAAGCCAGCCUCGAGGAGCAGCUAGCUGCUAUGCGUCUGCACUCCAGCUUGUCCCUCGGCCAGUCGGACACGCAGUCGGCCUACCACAACUACCAGAACGGCUACGGCCACCAACAGCAGCACCAGUACGCUCAGCACAACCAGCAGCAGCAGCAACAGCAGCAAUACAUGCAAAUGCAGCUCCAGCAACAAUUUGCUCAGCAGCAGGCCGCCGUGCAGCAACAAAAGGUGGAGCUGCUUCGUCUGCAGGCCUUCCAGAAACAGCAGCAGCAGCAGCAAUACGGUCAGCAGCAGCAGCAGUACAGCCAGCAACAGCUUGCUGCUCAGCAGCGCUUCCUCCUCUCGCAGCUACACGGAGGCCAUGGCGACUUUGACGGUGCAUCUUCGCAGCACGCCGGCGGCAUGAAACAGGCUCAAGCUGCAGCUGCUUCGGCUCAGGAGCAGAGACAAGCGGCCCAGGCCAGCAUCCAGGCGAGUCUGCGACAGCGUCAAGUCCAACAGCUGUACCAGAGCAUGGGUCUCGAGAACGAGAUGCCCGGCUCGAACUAUCACGAAUCUUCGCAGCAACAGCAGCCGAUGCACCAGCAACAGCAACAGCAACAGCAAUUGCAUCUGCAAAACGUCCUCAACCGCCACACGCGCAAGGUCAGCAGCGAAGGACCAUCGCCCUCGCGCACGCCCUUGGACCAACGAAGCUGGCGAGGAGGUGCGGUGCCGGACUACGAGCGGAUGCCUACGCCGCCUGGGCAGCGCGGCGCAUCGCCUGCUUCCAGCAUUCACUCGCGCAAGGGCAUGCGACCAAUGUCAGGCACCACGGACAGCAUCCUCUCGAUGCGCUCGCGUACCAUGACGCCGACGAUCGUGAUUGACGACAGCGCCUCGGAGGGCUCGCGCGCGCAGUCGGAAGGCGACCAGGUGGAAGGCGACCAGACGCCCGAGACGAGCGAGGAGGAUCUCGAGGUGAACACGCCCGUCGCCAAGGCGCUGUCGAGCACUCCCAUGCCGCAGCAGAUGCUGAUGCAGAAGCAAGCCAACAACCAGGCCAACAGUCGGUAUGGCUCGCUGGGCCGAGGCGUGGCGAGUGCUCCCACUUCGACGAGCACGACGCCGCCCAUCACGGCACCCAAAGCCAUCCCUCGUGCGAUCCAUCUGUCGGCCGCUCCUCAGCAUCGCGCGUUCAAGUCGAAUGGUGCUGCGUCGGAGGCGAUGAUCAACAAUGCUGCCCUGACGCUGCCGCCCAUCCAGCCGCGCCGCCAACCCAAGGGACAGCCGACCGAGUUCCACAAGGUCAACUUCCAGGCGCGCGUCAACAGCCGGCUUCGCAAGGAUGCCAUGUCGAAGCUGUGCGCGAGCCCACGCGCGGCGAGCUUUGGCGGUAACGGUAUGAGCUUUGGAGCGAGGCUGUCGAGUGCUGGCAGUAGCGUAGGUGUACCUGCUGCUGCUCUGCCCUGA